AGAGGCAGGGUGAGGGUGUCGGAGGAGAGGACCAGGUACUGAGAUUUAUGUUCUCCAAAAGAGGGUUGAGAAGGAUGACUUCUGGGCCUAGAGCCAGAUGGGUAGAGAGAAACAGCUCUGUCCAAGGUUCCAGGAAGACCAACAACUGAAGCUUCUGGAAAGUGCAAGAGACAGACUAGAAUUCUCAGUCUUCUGGGACUCCUGGUUCAGCCUAGGAGUCAGAAAAGCAUCCUCCUGUCCAGACCUGAACACCAGUCCCCUCCUUCCCCCAGGACAGCAAGGAGAUGCCACCUAAGACCAAAGAAAAAGGGGUCAAAGCUGGGGCACAGAAGAAGAAAAAGAAUUCGGGUGUUGGAUGCAGCGGUGAACUCAGUAGACCAGUAGAUGAGAUCUCUGCUGACAGGAAUCCAUCAUUUAGGUGUCCUGAGACCUCAGAUGUGGAGGCCGAGUCCAAGCACAGGCUGGCAGUGCUGGAGAAGGAGUUGCUUCGAGACCAGUUGGCUCUGCGGAGGGAUGAGGCCCGCCAAGCCAAGGCCUCCGAAGACCGGCUGAAGCAAAGAUUGCAAGGGUUGGAGGCUGAACUGGAGGGAGCCCGAAGUGAAGGGAAGGCCAUAUAUGCAGAGAUGAGUCGCCAGUACCGGGCCCUGCAGGAGAAGAUGGAGACCCGCAGCAGGCAGCUGGAGGAGGAAGUGAGGAGCCUUCGGGAGCAGCUGGAGAAAUGCCAGAGGGAGGCUGAGGCUGCCCAGGGAGAGGCUGAGCAGGCCCUCAGAGAGCGGGAUCAGACCCUGGCGCAGCUUCGGGCCCACGUGGCAGACAUGGAAGCCAAGUAUGAGGAAAUCUUACACGGUAGCCUGGACCGGCUCUUGGCCAAGCUGAGAGCCACCAAGCCUCAGUGGGAUGGGGCUGUGCUGAGACUCCAUGCCAGGUACAAGGAACAGCUGUGCCAUUUUGGACUCAACCCCCUGGAUCUUUGAGGCUGCAGGACUGCAGACUCUGGGACUCUGUGAAACCCCAACAAUAAAGCUGUCUUGAUAUACAACUGA